GGGCUGCCAGCGGGCUGCUCCAAUACGCUUUUCAUACCUCUCAGUCAGUCUGCCACGGCUGCACGCAGUAUACUUGCGCACCACCGCCGCCCGCCCCCAGCUGCUCCGCCCGCCACAGCGUCACUGCCACGCCCGGAACCAAUUCUGGCAUACCAUAUUCCGCAUCUGCCCCACCCACGUUAGCCGAGUUGCCUCCUUUCGCUCCAGUUACUACCUCAUCGCUGCCCUCUCGCUCGUCUCUCCAUCUCCCAACGCCGCAGACUCCCGCCGCUCUACUCCCGCCGCCUCUGUCUGUACCGGGACCACCAAGCAGGCCUACCCCCGUCCGUCUGCUGCACCAUGGCCCAGGUCAUACCUCCCAUCGUGAGCACAGCAGCCCCUUUCACCCAUGUUACAGUCGCUCACUCAUACCCUCUUUCUCUCCCCCAUCUCUCCCCCCCGUACUCGGCCGACAUUGCCGCCACCCUACUUGCCCGUCGCCCCCGACUUGCGACGACUGCCGAUCUUUAUAAUCAACCUCCACCAGACAUCACUCCCAUCAGACUCUGGGGCUGCACCCUCAGUCGAGGACAUCCAAGACCGCUUGCCGUCUAUAUGUGUCGACUAUCUCUCACAUGACUGGUCGGAAGAGGAUGUCUGGGCGUCAUGGCGUAAUAUGACUCGUCAUAAGCAUGAGAUCGCCAACGGCGUCCGGCUAGAGAAUGCCAGUUGGCGAACGUGGAACAAACAGAGGAACAAGCUCAAGACUAUCAGCCCCGAGACUCUCAAUUGGUUGAAGGAUUCAGAUGUCACUUGGUUGUACGGACCUCUCCACACCGCCAACGUCGAGCCUGUCCGUCCGCUGAAGGUGUCCUCCACCGACGAUCGGCUGGGUAUCGAUCGUCCAAACCCCGACGCCAAGAAGCCCAUUCUCAAGCACCGAACCCUUUCGGAGAUGCUCACUAUCGCGUCCCCUUCUUCUCCUGGGCUCGAAGGCUCUGACGGCGAUCAUGCUCAGCCUUCUGAUGAUGAAGACCGCCCCAAGCUGCUUCUCCAGACCAAGUCGGACACCAACAUCUUGCGUAAUCGCAGUGCUGUUCUGGCCCGUCAAAAGAGCCCCGAUCGCCAUCAUAAUCACAACUUUGGGUUGGACAAGAGCCCAUCUGAUGAGAACGACCCCACUUCCCCAACAGAUUCUCAACAGACCAGUAGCAAGAGGCACAUCAGCUUCAACACUUUUGUUGAGCAGUGUAUUGCUGUCAGCGAUCCCACCGAAAACCAGCAGCAUCACCUGCAGCAGCAGUCGCAGUCGAACAGCCCUAGCGACUCGGACGAUGAAAUGCUCGAGAUCAAACCGUCUUCUAUGAGCUCCAGCAGUCGCUCUUCUCGGGAGUCUCGUCCAAGCUUGAGUCGUAAUUCGUCUACCGGCUCGUCUGAACAUCUCACGAUUGCGAUGAUUGCGCCCACCAUGCUGAAGACUGGGCCGGGCCACAAUCCCGAUCUACCUUGUGUCUACGCACCGCCGCCCGAGUACAAGUCUCCGAGCGAUGAUAGAACAGAUUCCUACGAUUUCCCUUCGCCUCAGAUCGACCCCUCCACGGGCAAGUGGCAAGAAGAAGACGAAGACGAAAGCGGCCGCGACAGUGGACCCUAUGACUAUUUCCAUGGUCCCAAUCUGGGAGGCAGUGAACAGAAGAAGGGACAGGCUAUUCCCAAUAACAGCGGCCCCUAUGGUAACGGACGGCCCCCUUCUGGCUCGCCUCCUUCAAAGUACCGCAUUGCUGUCGAUCAGGAACGCAACGACGCGUCUACUGCCCCUUCUUCCAACCCCUCUGCCAAUGUCGGCAGUGUCACCUCUCCCCCUCAGCGCGGUAUCCUCAAAGUUCGUCCUCCCGGACAAGCUCCCCCUCCCGAGCCAGCUUCACCUCCCAUGGCGUACUUCAACUACACUCCUUCUGCCGCGACGGGUAUUGGUGGUAUGCGGGGAACGUCGCCCUACGACCAUGCCGGUCCCACUGGAUCCCCUGUGACUUCUCCUGGUGCGGAAGAGCGUGGACGCGGAAGGGCUCCUUCGCGGGAGCGAUUGCACGACAGGUCUUCUUCUCGUGGUACAUCCACCAGCUCUAUCAGCUCUUCCUCUUCGCGCUCUCCCACCGAGAAUACUGCUGGGCGAAAGGUCCAAACUCCUCCUCAGCUAGACCGGGUUCAAGAAGAAUCGCACAAUCGCGCCGAAGGGGACCAGACUCCCAGGAAAGGCGACAGCGUCAAGCCAAAAGGCAUCGAUCUGCCUGAGGCUCAGCCUGUAGAGCCUGGAUCCCCCUCGCUCGCUACUCCGGCCGAGCCCGAUGAGAAGCUCAAGGAUUAUGUGGCCGAUAGGUCGUCAACUCCUACUCCUCAUUCUUCUCCCCAGAUCACAUUUCGCCCUUUAAAAGACACAUCUCCCGCAUCCCUUCCCCAUACAUCCACUCAUAACAAAGCGCAAUCUCCCGACCUUCCCAAAGCCGACCCUCCUACCUCUGUUCCUUCUGCCGAUAAAUCCAAUAAUUCUGGCGCUCGUGCUACGAUUGCCCACGUUGGCACCAAUGCCCAACCCACAUUAUCUCAACCUAUAGAGGAUGAUGAUGGAGCGAGCAUCAUAGGGCGCGCGGCAAACAUUGCCAGCACAGCAAAAGAUCUGUUGGGUUCUCUCUGGUAUGGACAAAAUGAGGGUCAGGGGCAAGGCCAAGGUCUGGGUCAACAUCCUUAUCAACAGCAGACGCAGCCAUUGCCAGGGGCUCAGAUGCAUGGCGGGAAUGCGAGGAGGAGGGCGGGUUCCAGCUAGAGUGAUUCUGGAUAUAUCUUGUCCUACAACCAAGGGUCUAGCUUUGAGUUGUGUGUAAUAAGCUUUCUUUCUCCGAGUUUCUGUGUGUCCUUCCUAUCAUUUAGCUUCCGACCUGUUUCUUUUUUCAAACAUCUUUCCAUCUUCCAUCAUGUUAUGUUUUCAUCAGCCCACGCCUUCGAUGUCUCUUUACCUCCCAUCCAUACCUCGCAACGACUCUUCAACUUCUCUUCUUCUUUUUUCUUCCGAUUCCCUUUUCAAUAGCCAUUUGACUUUUACAGAGUAUCCAUCCGUAGUUAUAGGCUGUCAGUUUCAUCGGGCUCUCUGGCUUUGGUUUGGGUGUAUGCAUGUAACUUUGCAUAGAGUA